UCUUUUUCCAGCCCAGGCGGCGAACGCUUCACUUCCUGUCUGUCUGCCCCAACUUCACAGAGUACAAAAUCUCCAACAGGACUGCGUCAAUUCACGCCUUGCUGUCAACUGAUGAACAGAAGACUGGCUGGAACUUGAUUGGUCAUGACUGAGCAGGAGCAGCAGACGUUUAUGGAAAGACUGGAAGUGGCACUCUCUUGGAUGAAGGAUGUGCAGGAGAGGCUGAGGGCAAAUGAUGACACCCAAGGGCCCUUGAAUGCCCUUGAAGCCAGACUCAGAGAGACUGAGAAAAUCCACCAAUCGGAGCAUGAAGGUCGUGUGAAGAUGGACAUGGCACUGGUCGCAUCUGAGCAUCUCCUGGAGAUAGGAGAUGAACAACUGAAGAGUCACAUCCAGGCUAAGCUCAAAGACUUGAAAAGCUGUUGGGAGGAAACCUGUACCUACAUCAUUCACUGCCACAGUCGGAUUGAGUGGGUGUGGCUCCACUGGAGUGAGUAUUUGAAGGCCCAGCAGGAGUUUUUGUUGUGGCUGAUGAGGCAGCAGCGUGAUUUGGACAUUGGUGUGGAGUUGCAACUGGGAUUGAAGGAAAAGCUGUGGAAAGUGGACCAACAGAGAGUGGUGGUGAGUGAUGUCCAUGGCCAGGAAGCUCUACUGGAGAGGCUGCUGGACGAAGCUGCUGUGCUGCACAACAGAACUCAAGACCCCAGUGUGGAGCCCCAAGUACAGGAGAAACUGCAGCAGGCCUACAAUGACAUCAGGGACAAGGUUGAGGAUCGUCUGUCACUGCUUCAAGCGAUAGCUGAGGAGCACCAGACUUACCAAGGCAGUGUUCACCAAUUUCAGUUAUGGCUCCUGUCAAAAACCAAGGAGCUGACAGAUCUUAUGGAGAAAGACGACACAACAGAGAACAAGCUGCAAGCUUUAAAAGCCCUUGAUGACAUUGUAGCCAGUGAGGAAAAAACUCUGCAAUAUAUAGAGGGUGUUGCUGAAACUGUCAGAGUGAAGACGUCACCUGCUGGAGCAGAGGUGGUAGUAGAGGAGGCUGAAGAGCUCAGGCUCGGUUGGCAAAGAUUAAGGCAAGGCCUAUGUGAGGUUGAGGAGAGUCUGCACAACACCAUGUCUUCACACGGAGAGUACAUGUCAAGAUGCCAGCGACUGGACGAUGAUAUUGGUUGCCUCAGAUUACGACUCCACGGACUAAACCAGGAACUCGAGGAGGAUCAUGAUGUUUGCGAUGGGGCUGAUUGCAGUGAAGAGCAGAUGAUGGGCCAGUGGAGAAAAUACGAGGGUGUGAGAAAGGCUCUGGUGGAGGAGGAGUCCCAAGUGGACCACCUUAAGUUACAGCUCAAGGAACUGUUCAGGUUCUCAGAGGACUCAUGCCACAUUUCUGAUGAUGUACUUGGUGUGGUUAAAGAACAUCAGAGUGUGAAAUGCAAAGCUGCAAAAUUGUGCUCCGAGUCUGAAUCUGGCCUCAGAAACACACUCAGGAACCCAUUGCUGUUCUUUGCACAUUGGAGGAGAAUGGUCUCUCAGGUUUUGGAGGCUUCUGCUGAGGUUACAGACUUCUCACACAUUGUCCUGCUGGUUCAAAAUAUUGAGCGCCUGUUGAAGGACAGUAUCCAACUGCAGGACCGUUUGAAUCAGCUGAAGACAAAGGGUGACUUGCUCGGCUCUUUGUUUGGUCCUGAAAGGUCUGAUGAUCUGCAGAGUGAGCUGAGUACUGCUAUAAGGAACAGAGAACUAAUGCAUGUUCAGCUUCUACAAAGAAAGGGAAGACUCGAGGGCUUAAUUUCAAGAACAAAGGACUUUGGAGAGGCCUACAUUUUGGUUCGCUCCAAGCUGACAAGUCUCAGAGAUGCAAUGACUGCAACUAAAGGGCUUCUGCCUGACAUCCUGGCUAAGAAAAGUCAAGCCGACCAAUUCAGGGUGAUUCAAAAGGACCUGGAAGACUGUGAAGCCCCCAUCAAAGCUCUUGAAAAUCUCAUAUCAGGCUGUCAGAGCAACCAGACUCAGUUUGAACAAUUGUUUACUGACUGGAAAUACCUUAAGAAGACAGUUGAGGUCAAUCUGCACGAGAGUGAGAAGAGUAUUGUAGAUCAUGCACAUUUCCAUGACAAUUUCCUAAACAUAGAGAAAUGGUGUAUUGUCAUGAAGCAGAAGCUGGAGUCCUUCAAGAUCCCUACUGGAGAGUGGAGCUUAGAAAGUCGCGAGGAUGAGGCACAGAGAGCACUUGGAGAGUUUCCGGAGAAGAAGAUCCAGCUACAACAGAUGGAGAUACUGGCUGAGGCUGUUUUAAAAAGGACUUCGGAGGAAGGAAGAGUCCACAUUGUGGGGGAUAUGAAGCGUCUUCAAGGUUUAUGGUUGGCGUUGUACACCAUGAGUCUCAAUAUUCACAGGCUCCUGAAUGGCUCCAUAAAUGAGACACUAUCAACCCAGACAGAGAUCAGUUUUGAGGAAGUGGACAAUGGAUGCACUGAUCAUACUGAAAAUCAACUCAUCCUGCCUGGAAUACAGGAUGAGCAUCUCAAAUUAUCAGGAAAAGGCAUGGGCAGCCGCAGUUCUUAUGUUGGAGAUGUCGAUGAUUUGUCUGUUGGGACUGUUCUCACUCAAGCAGGUCAGCAGCCUCUUGCCGAAGACUCUCCAGUGGAUACAAAUCUUAACAGUGAUAUAUCAAGAGGGCAUGACAGUCAUACCAUGAACACAGCUAGCGAAGGAGCAGCUAUGGUUCUCAGUCAUCAGGAGGCUACAAUGAGCCCAGAAGAAGGAGGUAUGACGAUGAAAGAGAGCCUGAGCCAAGGUGGAGGGGUUUUCAUGCUUUUCAGACAUGAUCCAGCCAAUCAGCAAGUCAGCACAUCAACUCAAGGAACAAUGAUGGAUACAGAUCAAUAUCAGUCCAAGAAAAGAGAGUUUGAGGCCUGGCUCUGCAGAGAGAAUGAACUGCUUUCAGGGAUCCUUAACACCAAGAGAGCAACGCGCAAGUGCAAAGAAUUCACGAUGCAACAGGACACACUAAGCGCCCUGAGGUCAGGGGUAACAUGGGGUCAGGAGCAGUUCCAACUUUUGCUUCAGGGAAGUGGCGUUAAAAAGAGUGGAUCAGGUCAAGCAGCGGACACGAGUCUAGAAGAACUUCGUUACCGCUGGAUGCUCUACAAGUCCAAGCUAAAAGCUGCCGGUGACCUCCAGACCAGGCUCAGGUCGAAGAAAGUCACCGACAAACAAAGGAUGCCUGCGACUGGAGCAACAGUUUAUAAGAAACCAGGUUUGCUGCAGCGGGUGUGUCGAGUGGCUCUUCCUCUCUGGCUCCUCUUCCUGGCUUUCCUGCUGCUGGCCUUUCUCCUGCCCCUCAUGGACGAAGGCAACAGCUGCUCCAUCUCCAAUAACUUCGCAAGAUCUUUCAGUGUUAUGCUGCGCUACUCUGGGCCACCGCCUACAUAGAUGGAACUCAGCCCGCUUUCUACCGCACAUUCUUGUUUCUCAACAAACGUACUCACCUACUUUUUAUCUGAAGAAGAAGAGACAACUAAGACAUUCUGAAA